AUGUCAGGCGAACCAAAUCAAUUAUCAAACAUAACGCACAUUGCUGAUGGUGGAUUUCGACCAUUUACACUGCGGCAUGGGCAUGAUAAUGAUUGCAAGGACAAAGAAGCAAAGUUUAAUAGAUCAGCUUCUAAAUUACAUAAAGAAGGGAUUAUUCAUGGCGACUUACAUAGUAAAAAUAUUGUUAUUGAAAUUAUAAGCCAUUUAUCUCAGACCUUGGACUGA